AUGCAGGGCCGGCCCAGGAAGGGAUGCUCCUGGCAGCACGGAGAGGGUGGCAUGGGGAGGGUGGCAUGGGGAGGGUGGCAUGGGGAGGGUGGCAUGGGGAGGGUGGCAUGGGGAGGGUGGCAUGGGAAGGGUGGCAUGGGGAGGGUGGCAUGGGGAGGGUGGCAUGGGGAGGGUGGCAUGGGGAGGGUGGCAUGGGGAGGGUGGCAUGGGGAGGGUGGCAUGGGGAGGGUGGCAUGGGGAGGGUGGCAUGGGGAGGGUGGCAUGGGGAGGGUGGCAUGGGGAGGGUGGCAUGGGGAGGGUGGCAUGGGGAGGGUGGCAUGGGGAGGGUGGCAUGGGGAGGGUGGCAUGGGGAGGGUGGCAUGGGGAGGGUGGCAUGGGGAGGGUGGCAUGGGGAGGGUGGCAUGGGGAGGGUGGCAUGGGAAGGGUGGCAUGGGAGGGUGGCAUGGGAGGGUGGCAUGGGGAGGGUGGCAUGGGGAGGGUGGCAUGGGGAGGGUGGCAUGGGGAGGGUGGCAUGGGGAGGGUGGCAUGGGGAGGGUGGCAUGGGGAGGGUGGCAUGGGGAGGGUGGCAUAGGGAGGGUGGCAUGGGGAGGGUGGCAUGGGGAAGGUGGCAUGGGGAGGGUGGCAUGGGGAGGGUGGCAUGGGGAGGGCAGCAUGGGGAGGGCAGCACACAGUGCACAGUGCAAUGGAAGUGCAGUGCGGGUUGGUGGUGAGAGCAUGAGCGAUGGAACUUGUGGGUGGGGGCGUACCAGGGGCGUGAGCAGGUGCCAGGUGUCCAGAGAGGGGUCAUGUGCGGUGGGCGGAAGAGGGGCGGAGGGCAGGGUGGACAGGGAGCUGAGGGCAGCAGAGGAAGUGGGCAGCAGAGGAAGUGGGCAGCAGAGGGGCACAUGGAAAAGGAGAGUGGGCGCAGUCAGAGACACCCGGCUCUCAUCUCUCAACACAGCGUCCAGUUCUCUUGGUCCCGCUGUGUGCCGUUCUGCCUGUGCUGCUGCUGGCAAGGGUGCAUGCAGCCGUGACUCAGUGCAGAGUGGCAGGGUCGUGCGCCUCCUCGCCACUCAAGUCAACCGCAUCAACCCAGUCAACCGGGUCAACUGGGUCAACCGGGUCAACCGGGAGAGUGAAGAGAAGAGGUGGGUGGUGGUGAGCAGUGCACGCAGCAGGCAGCGCGUCGUGGCUUCUCGCUUCCUCCUUGCAGCCGCCAUCGCAGCAGCACCCCUGCUGCUGGCUGUGCUGCUGGGUGUGGUGGUGGGGAGUGCGUGUGCGGUGCAGCAGCAGCGGGUGGAGCGUGGUGAGGUAGCCGCCUGGCACAGGGCGGAGCCACAAAGCCAAGGGGCACCUGCGCGUCGCAUGCAUUCAUGUCGCCCCACCAUUCGCUCACUCGAGGCGCGCUCACCUCCCACUGCCAGAGACGACGCCCGCGCCGCAACCCACUGCCAUAUCACGCCCUCCGCGCGCCCCUCACAGCGAGCGCACUCCACUCCCUGCCGUUCGCCCACCGCGUCUGCCGCCGCAUUCCGCGCUAUCGCGGAACCACCCCCUCCACUUUGCGCCGCUGCCCACGCUGCCUUUUCGCUCUCCGCUCGUCCACUCCGCCGCGCGUCUGCCGCCGCGGGGGAGCUGCGAGUCGCCUCGCCAAUCGACUGCGCGUCUUCCGCCGCGUUCCACGCUGCUGCGAGUCUGGCCGCGGCGAGCGGGAAAUCGGCGGCGCUGAUUCGCCCAGCGCGGAGCGCCGCGGCCAUGCUUGCGACGCGAGGCGACUCUCACGUGGAGAGCAUUGAUGAAGGCGGCGUGCGAACCUGCUCGCACGCUUCCCCCACGCUGCACAAUCGGCGCGUUGCGGAAGAUGCCUUAAGGCGGUUCGGUGGAAGGCGCGCACGGCUGGAAGGGCGGAUGCGCGGAGGCGACUGUGGCGGAUGGGGGGAACCGAUUGGUGGGGGCGGGCUCGGGAGUGCUGAUGCGCGGAACGAGCGGCGGGGACUGGACGUGGGGGAGGGGAGAGGUGCAACGGGGGCGAGUGUGAGGAGCGAAGUGGGGGGCGACAGGGAAGGCGCGGGGUAUAGCCUGCACAAGGGCCAGUGCUUGCCGCCAGCAGCGGCAGCAGCGGCGCCAGGCGCACAGCAGGCGAGCAAUAGGGCUGCCACAGCACCGUGGGCACCACUCCGCCCCGCCGGGCCGGCACCCAAACCCACCGCGCUUGCAGCGGCAGAAUCGGCAGCAGAAGCAGGCGCGCGGGCAGAAGCAGCAGUGAGGGCAGAUGCGCAGGCGGUGUGGGCGCGAGCAGGCGAGCAGGUGGGCGGCGAGGUGCAACGGCUGAUGGCGCCGCUCACCCGCCUGCUGCUCGCCCUGCAGGGCACUGGGAGGACUGCGGGUGUGGGAGGUGGGGGGACUGCGGGUGUGGGAGGUGGGGGGACUGCGGGUGUGGGAGGUGGGGGGACUGCGGGUGUGGGAGGUGGGGGGACUGCGGGUGUGGGAGGUGGGGACGAGGAGGAGCGGUGGGAGGGUGGCGGCGCCAGAGAGGCAGGAAGUGACGGCGGGUGGGGGAGCGCAGCGGAAGGGUGUGGGGGUGAGGACGCAGGGAAGGGCGGUGAGACAAGUGGGAGCGAGCGAGGGGGGGGGUGGGUGGAGCGAGUGGAGGCGCUGCGAGUGGUGAGGGCGCGGGGCAGGGCGUGGCCCUGUGCAUGGGUGGGAAGCAGGCAGAGGUUUGCCGAGACUAAGCUCUGCUUCUCUCCCCUCUCCCACUUCCUCUUCUGCUGCCAUCCCCACUUACUCCUUUCCUAA